UACAUUUGGUGCUCCAGAGUAACGGACCCGUCUGUAGUUUUCAUUUUUCAUGGAUUAACAAUGCAGGAAACAGCACUUUGCUCUGUCAGCUGACAUUAUGGAUAAAACACAGAGAGUUGGAAAGCUGCUGUGACGCAUCUUAAAUUCCCCGGACAGGAUUCAACACUGCUAGGCUCCCUGUGAAAGAGUUGCAGCCAUGGUGCAGGAGUACCAGUCCCCAGUUCGGGUCUACAAGCAUCCAUUUGAGCUGAUAAUGGCGGCCUAUGUGAGGAGGUUCCCAAAGUCCCACCUGAUCCCAGUGUUUGUAGGCAGUGAGAUCAUCAGCGAGAGCCAAAGCAAGGAUGGAUCCACAGUGGUAACUGAGAGGCGCUGUAUGAUCGACAUCGAGGCCCCACGGCUUCUUAAAAGGAUUGCUGGUGUAGACUACCUGUACUUCAUCCAAAAGAACUCUCUAAAUCGCAGAGAAAGGACGCUGCACAUUGAGGUCCACAACGAGACCUUCUCCAACAGGGUCAUUGUCCGUGAGUGCUGCAACUACUCGGUUCAUCCAGAGAAUGAGGACUGGACGUGCUUUGAACAGACAGCUAGUCUGGAUAUUAAGUCCUUUUUUGGCUUUGAGAGCACAGCAGAGAAGAUAGCUAUGAAGCAGUAUGCUAGCAGCAUUAAAAAGGGUAAAGAAAUUAUCGAGUACUACCUCAACGAGCUGGAGAAAGAAGGAGUAACUUACAUACCUCGCUGGACCCCUCCUGUUGCCUCUGGCACGACCAGGCUCCAGCUGCCGCCCCGCUCCACUGCCAGAGCCAUCCCAGGGAGCAGUGCUAAGAAUGGACUGGACAGUAAAGACCCGGCGUGUUCUGCGGAGCUCGUGGCUGGCUCCCCCGACGACAAAUUGGAUGCUGACUACAUUAGGCGUUACCUUGGUGAUUUAACGCCUCUGCAGGAGAGCUGUCUUAUCCGUCUGCGCCAGUGGCUCCAGGAAACCCACAAGGGCAAGAUUCCAAAGGACCAGCAUGUGCUGCGCUUCCUGAGGGCACGGGAUUUCAACCUGGACAAGGCCAGAGAGUUCUUGUGCCAGUCGCUCACCUGGAGGAAGCAGCAUCAGGUAGACUUCCUGUUAGACACGUGGGAACGGCCACAACUGCUUCAGGACUAUUACACCGGAGGCUGGCACCACCACGACAGAGGUGGCCGCCCUCUGUAUAUCUUGCGUCUUGGGCAAAUGGACACAAAGGGUUUGGUGAGAGCCUUGGGAGAGGAGGUGCUACUGAGACAGGUCCUGUCCAUUAACGAAGAGGGACUGAGGCGGUGUGAAGAAAACACCAGAGUCUUCGGCAGACCCAUCAGCUGCUGGACGUGCCUGGUGGAACUGGAGGGUCUUAACAUGCGUCACCUGUGGAGACCAGGUGUGAAGGCUCUGCUGAGGAUCAUCGAGGUGGUGGAGGCCAACUACCCCGAGACUCUGGGUCGCCUGCUCAUUCUGAGGGCGCCCAGAGUUUUCCCAGUGCUCUGGACCCUGGUCAGCCCUCUGAUCGAUGAGAAUACCCGCAAGAAGUUCCUUGUGUACGCUGGUAACGACUACCAGGAUCCGGGAGGACUGGUGGACUAUAUCGACAAAGAAAUUAUCCCUGACUUCUUGGGAGGGGACUGCAUGUGUGACAUCCCAGAGGGAGGUGUGGUCCCCAAAUCUCUGUACAGGACGGCAGAAGAGCUGGAGAGCGAGGAACACCGACUGCUGACUGACUCCAUCUAUAAGAGUGCCAGUAUUUUCAAGGGAGCACCAUAUGAGAUGCUCAUCGAGAUCACAGAAGCGUCCUCCGUCAUCACCUGGGACUUUGACGUGUCUAAAGGAGAUGUCAUCUUCAAAAUCUACCAUUCCAAGAGGGCCCCACAGCCCCAGAAGAAAGAAACUCUUGGAGCCCAUGCAAUCACGUCUCUAGGGGCUGUUAACACCCAGCUGAUUGACAGGAGCUGGGUGCUGGGGAAGGACUACAGCAUGGUGGAGAAAGCUCUCACCUGCAGGGAGGGAGAGAGCGUACAGGGCUCCCACGUUACACGCUGGCCAGGCUUCUACAUCCUCCAGUGGCGCUUCCACAGCUCCCCAGCCUGCUCCGCCUCCAGCCUGCCGCGUGUGGACGAUGUGCUGGCCUCGCUGCAGGUCUCCUCCCACAAGUGUAAGAUCAUGUACUACACAGAGGUGCUGGCGUCCCACGACUUCAGGGGAUCCAUGACCAGUCUGGAGUCGAGUCAUAGCGGUUUCUCCCAGCUCAGCGCUGCCACAACUUCAUCUAGCCAAUCAAACGCCAGCUCGUCCGUCUCAAGGUAGCAUCUGCCCAGCAGGUGUCAAAGACAGCAGUGCCCUUAAAUCUAUUGACACCGUACUCCGACUGUGCCUUAUGCCUCCACACACAGACAGCCUCACACUCUUAAAUGAGAAUUUGAUCGGACAGUUAAAGGUGAGGAGAGUGCCAUUGAAAUGUUUUAAUAAAUAAAUGUUUUCAUCAUCAUUAUUAUUAUUAUAGUAGGGUCAGUAAAGGUUCAUGGAUCUCUGUUUCUAGGGAAUAAUGUAUUUAAAGUAUCAGUUCCCUGAGUUGUUUGUUUGUUAUUUUUGUUUGAAUAAUAGUAGUGUAUAUUAUCACAAAUUCAAUGCACAGUGUGAAUGUCCCAUAUCUGAUUUGUAGUCACAGUAUAUGUGUGUCCAUAACAUCUGCUGUGCAUCUGCUGGAUCAGGAAAUGCAUAAUGAGAUGCCUGACAGACUGCACUGACAUCUUGUGGACAAUGAGAGCAGCUUCAGGGACAGAAGCCGUGUGCAUUGAGAUCAGCCACAACAUUAAAGCCACUGACAGGUGAAGUGAAUAACAUUGAUCAUGUCAUUAAAAUGCAGUGUUCUGCUGGGGAAACCUCGGGUCCUGGCGUUUAUGUGGGUGCCACUUGACAUGCAUCACCCACCCACGUACACCCAGCACUCCCUGAUGGCAGUGGCCCCCGCAGCAGAGCAAUGCACCAUGCCACACCUUAAGAAUUCAUAGGAAACGACCCAAGGAAUGUGACAAAGAGCUCAAGGUGUCGACCUGGCCUUCAAAUUCCCCAGAUCCCAGUCUGAUCAAGCAUCCGUAGGACAUGCUGGUACCUCACCUUUGCACAGGACUCAAGGGAUUCAGCGCACCAAAGAACGCCCCAGAGGUUCUUUGUCCAUGCCUUGACAGAGCCAAGUUCGAUAAAAGAAGGCCCAACUUCGAAUCGGACUUGGUUCUUUGGCACCGGAUGCUCGAUCAACUUGGGAUCAGGGGAAUUUAGAGGCCAGGUCGAUAGCUUGAGCUCUCUGUCACAAUCUUUGGGUCGCUCCUGAGCAGUUUUUGCGGUGUAGCAUGGUGUAUUGUCCUGCUGGGGGAGCCACCGCCAUCGUGAAGUGUCGUUGCCAUGAGGGGUGUACUUUGUCUGCGAUGGUGUGCCAGGUCCCAAGGUUUCCUGGUACAGACAUGGCCAAAGUCAGGCGUGGGGGCGAAUCGUGGCCCAGUACACAAGUAAGAUCACUCUACAUUUCCUCCGUUUACCUCACAACGGCAGAACUAUCAUACAGUUUGCAGACAUGCACCAAGUAGGAACUACGCAGGUGGAACUAAUGUGUUUUCUUUACAUAAACAGACGGUUAACAAGCAAACAAACUGUUACUUAAAAGCAAGACAUUUACUGCGAGGUAGCAGACAUGAAAGUUAAUUACUUUUUCACUAGAAGAUGAAACAGUUCCCCACGUCUCAUUUGUAUGGGAUUUUUUUUAAUAACCCACACGAUGGGAGACGCAGCUGGCCCCCAGGUAUUUUCACAUUAUCUAAUCUGGCCCCUACUCAAAAAAGUUUGGACACCUCUGCGGUAGAAUAUUGCACUGUAACAAGAUGAUCAAUGUUAUUCACUUCACCUAUCAGUGGUUUUAAUGCUGUGGCUGAUGUGUGUAUCUGUAAAAUGCACACAGCUUCUGUCUCUGAAGUUGCUUUCAUCGUCCACAAGAUGUCAGUGCAUUCUGUGAUUUAACCGCUCUCAGAUCUGCAGUGCACUCGGCGCAUAGGUUUCCACUCUCACACUUUGUCUGGUCUUCUAAGAAAUCGAAACAAGAAUUGUUUAAAUAAAGAUUUUAUCACAAGCAUUAACGUUGAUGUUACUCCGAA